UGAAACUUUAUCAAGUGAUGGAAACUGAAAAUACAUUAUACCUAGUGAUGGAAUAUGCAAGUGGUGGAGAGGUAUUCGAUUACUUGGUAGCUCAUGGUAGAAUGAAGGAGAAGGAAGCAAGGGCUAAAUUUCGACAAAUUGUGUCAGCUGUACAAUAUUUGCAUCAAAAAAAUAUUAUACAUAGGGAUUUGAAGGCGGAAAAUUUACUGCUUGAUUCUGAUAUGAAUAUCAAAAUAGCUGAUUUUGGAUUCAGUAAUCAAUUUGUAAUAGGUAACAAAUUGGACACAUUCUGUGGUAGUCCACCUUACGCAGCUCCAGAGUUAUUCCAAGGGAAGAAAUAUGAUGGACCAGAAGUGGAUGUGUGGAGUUUAGGAGUUAUUUUAUACACUCUUGUCUCGGGUAGCCUGCCUUUUGAUGGACAAAAUUUGAAGGAAUUAAGAGAAAGAGUACUGAGAGGAAAAUAUCGAAUACCAUUUUACAUGUCAACUGACUGUGAAAAUCUUCUGAAGAAAUUCCUCGUACUAAAUCCAGCACGUAGAGGAACAUUGGAAGCAAUCAUGAAAGAUAGGUGGAUGAAUAUAGGUUAUGAAGAUGAUGAAUUGAAACCGUAUGUUGAACCAGCUAAGGAUGUUAAAGAUGAAAAUCGAAUAGCCAUUAUCCAGCAGAUGGGUUACAGUCGUAAUGCAAUAGUGGUAUCACUCGACAAAGGCAGUUUCGAUGAUCUUCAUGCCACUUACAUUUUGUUGGGGGAGAAAAAACGCGAGGUUGAUGGAGAAGCUGUCCUAAACUCCCAACUGAAUCCUGCAUCAGCACAGAAUGUUGCUCAUGGGAUAACGCAAGGUCAAAGUCCGCAUACCCAAUCUCCUGCUUCUACUGGUUUUGCUAUGACCCAAAAAUUUGUGCCUCGUUCAACAUCAGCUCAGGUACCGUCAAUAAAGACACGACGCGGAUCACAGGAGCAAACGAUUGCACCAGCUGCUCAGCUUCCAACAGCCCUUUUACCGUCGGAAAUUCAUGUCACAGCAUCACCUGGGACACAACGAGUAAUAUCUGGUGUAGCACCGGUUACAAUGCGACAUGUUGUUGGUCCACCAGGUGGUCGACAAGCGCUUAGUAUGCAACCGGGUCAUAUGAUGCCCAAUUACUUGUCGAAUGUAAUGCAAGCUGUCGGAAGUGGUGUACAAGCUGGUGCUGUUCCUGUUUCUGGAUUUAGGAAAACUUCCGCUACGGGACGAACACCAUUAACUAAUUUAGGAACUAGGGGAAUUUUGCCAACAGGGCCACGAUUUGUGUAUCCGACGAUUGAUACAAAAGGUUUGCCCAAAAGUAUCAGUGGAUCUUCAUCUGCUCGUGGUACUCCAAGUUUACCAUUUUCUUCAAAUUCUGCACAGCAGAAAAUCACAUCGCUACAGAAAAGCGGUUCUAUAUCGGCGGCGCCAAAUGAGCCGUCAAUUAAAGAGGAUGACAAUGAAAACGGUGAACUGUUCUCUGGUAAUGGUGAUAGCGGCAAAGUUGAACCAGCAGUUACGGCACAUACAAAUACUGAUAAAGGUGAUAUUAAUCGUUAUGGUGGUAGUGAUGCCGAUGAUGGAGAUGCUACCGCGAUGUCACGACAGCAGUCACCCACAUCAAUAGUUGGUCCAACAGUGGAACAGUCGGAAAAAAAAGAGGAAAAGCUUCAUCAAAGAAUGAUAGCCGCACCUACACAGGCAGUUAUAAAAAAUUUAGCUAUUAACGAAAUAUCACCACCUGCACUGUUGCCACAUUCACAAAAUAAUAGCCCAAAGUUGACCAAAUCUGCAACUGGAACCGCUCUGAGUCCUGCUUCGACAACAGCACCUUCAUCGGCUGCGCAAACUGUACCAUCACCUACAGUAUUAAAUACUCACGGUACAGUAGUACAAAAUGCCGCCUUUCCUAGACACACUCGUAACAGGCAGACUUUUCACGGAAAAACAGAACACAACAAGGGAAGUAUGGAUGAUGACGUUGAAUCAGAAGUAGUACAUGGUGCUGACAACACAUCGGGCAAUGGCGGUCCUCGUGGAUCAUUCCUUUCCAAACUUUCCAAGCUUACUCGUCGUGGUUCAUCUUCCCAGCGGUCAUCAUUAUCAUCGCAUCAUCACCAUCAUCAUCGCCAUCAAAAUUAUCCUUAUCAUCAGUAUGCUUUGUUAUCUAUUCGCGGUACAUCCGCAUCUACUCCGGAAAACAGCUUACCUAAUAAUCCUACAGUACCAUCACAAAUUCGUUGCUUUUCUGGUCGUGGUACUUCAAUAAAUCAGCAAGCUUUACCUUUGCUCCUGUCACCAAUAGCCAUGAAGCAGGCAUUUCAACGGCAUUCAUUUACCGGUAGUAAAAUUAAGAUCAAUGGCAUCGGCAGCAACUACAGUGGUGAUAGUGAAGUUAAUAAUGUGCAGGCUUUAAAUAUCAAACUUUCAUUAACGGCCAGACCGCUUUCGGUGUAUGUUGGUAGCAGUUCCGGUACGAUGUCGCCGAGUUCUGACCAAGUACUGCCACUAACAUUAAUUGCACCGCAAUAUGAUUUAUUUCAUAUCAAGCCUUCUCGUAGUUUACAUUAUUCGAAUUCCUUUUCCGCUGGCAACUGCUGCUAUUUGCCAAUGUUUCCUACUUCUUUGGUACAUAAAGUAGUACCUCAAGAACCAAAUUGCUCAAUAGAUGGUGCUUCCUCAGUGCUUCAUCCCCAGAAUCUUGAUUCUAUACUUCUGCCAAGCAGUGUGAGUGACAUCAUGCGAUCGUCCAUUGAUUCGAUCCAAUUGUUUAGUCCAUCGAUGGCAUCGUCAAACAGUGGUACCGUUACUGGAGGAAACCAUUAUCAUAGCUCGAGAUCAGGUGAUGCAUGUAGUGUCCAGCUACCACCAACUUACUAUAUCACUGGUACUGUUGGUAGCGGGCCAUCAGCCUAUGCCUUAUCUGUAUAUCAAUCAUCGCGUAGGACACCAAUUGUGGGAAUUGCUGAAGGAUCCGCUCUCACUACGACGUCGCAACCAACACCAAGUAACACCAGUGAAGCGGUUAAACAUGGUGGUAGAAGUGGAACCAUUGGACCAACUACUGGUAUUGCUGGAUUUAAACGAUUAAGCACUGGUCAGCAGCAUCAUGGUCAGUUUUCCAUGACACCAAAUGCAGCACUGGGCGGUGGCUGUGAUAUGUCAAAUGGUGAUGAAGUGAAGCCACGAUCAUUACGGUUUACGUGGAGUAUGAAAACUACCAGCUCUUUAGCACCCGAGGAAAUGAUGAAAGAAAUUCGGAAAGUUUUGGAUCAAAAUAAUUGUGAUUAUGAACAGCGUGAAAGAUAUUUAUUAUUAUGCGUACACGGUGAUCCCAAUACCGAUUCGCUAGUACAGUGGGAAAUGGAAGUUUGCAAAUUGCCAAGACUGAGCCUAAAUGGUGUUCGAUUUAAGCGAAUAUCAGGGACAUCGAUUGGUUUCAAGAACAUUGCAUCGAAAAUAGCGCUGGAGCUGAAUUUGUAA